CAAGCAGGCUCCCUUAUCCAAGGCAAGCGGGGGCUCACAUGCGCGCCGGCACGCUGACAGACGGACAGACCUGAAGGCUGACUUCCAGCACACUCACAGCUCCUCUGAACUUGCUGCCGAUCCUCUGACAGAAGAAAAGAAGAGACUCUCUCAGACCUCCUUGGGGAAGCGCAGAUAAAGACGUGCCUUCAGUCUUAGAAAGGGAGCUGUCACACACUGAUAUACAAACACACACAUUCCUAGAAACUGAAGCACACGCACAGAAGCAAACAGUCUCUCUCUCUCUCUCUCUCCCUCUCUCUCUCUCUCCUGCUCGCUCAGCUGCUCUCUCCCCCUCCCAUCCACACACACACUCACACACACACACUCACUCACACACACACACACUGCUACAGUAUAUCAGCGAGUGACUAGCGGAGAGCCAGAGGGGAGUGCAGAAAUGAAUGUGAAGAUCCUGACGCUGGUGAUUGUGCUCUUGGUGUCUCUGCUGUGUUCUGCCGGUGCUGGUCCCAUGGCCUCCACGGAGCAUGGCAGAGGGCUGGAAGAGGCAGCUACAGUGAGAAAAAUGGCCCAGCAAAACCCAGUGAGAGGCGGUCAGCAGACCCACAGGCCAGGCAAGAGAAGACGCCCACGGCCCCGUCUUUCCCACAAGGGGCCCAUGCCGUUCUAGAGCAAGGCACUGCUUUGAGCGCCCUCCCCCAGGUUCUGAUUUCUAUGCUCUUCCUUUGCCUUGGGGGGCCUUGCAAUGAAGGGCCUACGCUUGCCCAGCCUGAAGAGUGAUGUCCAUAGCACCUGCUGGUUCUCCAAGCAACUCUGUCCACACAAAAAAAUCAGGACAAGCCACUCACCCUCAGCUCCAGGAGGAAUGGGGGGAGGGGGGCAUUGAAAAUGGGGUGGGAGGUAUUGAGCCUGAGCUACCAGACUCUAUUUCUCUGUCUCUUGAUCUUACUCCCUCCUUACUGAUAUAUCUCUGUCCUUUUGUUCAAUUUGCUUAAUAGAGGCCAAUCCUAGCAAUCUUUCUGAGUGUCUCGCACUCUUUGCAUGACAUGUGGUGGAGAGGGAGCCCCGUCAAAAGAGUCUUAAAGCUUCUGUCACUUCUCCAAGGACGUGGUUUUCGCAUGUCUCAGAUCCAAAGUCCCAUCAGUCGCUGAUUUCAUUGUGUAGCUUCUGAAACGAGCAGAUGAGGGGGCUGAUCGUGCGGAGGAAAUAACCUAAUUUCUGUUGUGAUACUCUGGAUGUCUGCUGCAAAAAAAAAAAAAAAAAAAAAAAAAAAAAAGGAGCUGAAGGUUUAGUGUUAGGGAGUUAUGAUCAUCACUUAUGAUUAUUAAUGGUGCUUUGUAUCUUUUAAUGUCAGUUUGUCCACAUGCAAAAGUAAACUAAAACAAGAGCACAUACCAUUAAAACAAUUGAGCAUUCCCUCGUUUAGGAGAGUCUUCAUUCCAAAGCUGUUUAGGUGUUUCUGAGUUCAUUAACACCUUGGGGGGGGGGGGGAUGGGGUGGGGACUUUCAGGCUUGCUCAAGGUUACUGUAACUUGUCCCACCUUGAAGGAGUCCUCUUACCCCUCUAAAACCCCUUCCCCGUACCGGAUCCCAAGCCUUCUCGCCCCCCACACCGCUGCCCCCACGCAGCUGCUCUUCACGACUGUUAACUGGCGGCGGCGGUUUGCUCUAAUCGGCAGACCCGCCUCGCCUCUUAAGGAAGUGCCAAAUAACAACCUUCUCCACAAUGCUGCCAGGAACGGAGGAACGAAAAAGUCCGAGAGAGACGAGAAACGCAUUACCUCUUGUUUGAAGUCUCGAUACACUGACACAUGUAUGUUUUUUUUUUUUUUUUUUUGUUCUUGUUGUUGUUAGAUUUACGAAAACAGAUAUCCCACUUCAGACAGUGCUGUCGAGAAAAAAAAAAUGCCGUUUCACAACAAACAUCAGCUCCGUUUGUUAAUUAGCCACCGCGAUCAGCCUACCACUAGUGCUCCGGCUGCUUUAAUAUUCAGCAAACGGCGGGUUUGACCCUUUGAACGAUGUCGUACAUUGAGAUUUAAAAAAAAAGACAAAAACAAAAGCUAUGCUUUUCCACCUUACUGGCAUAUAUUUCUGUUUAUUUCUGUGUUAUAGUUUUAUUUCCUUAUUUCUCAGGGUGCUGUGAUAGAGGCUUGUACUAAAGCAGGCUGUUUUGUGCAUUUACUCAACACAAACAUACAAACUCAUAUGAGCAUAUUUUCAUAUACUGUAUCUUUACUCUCCCUGUAUAUAUACUCUAAUUUAAUCAUUAUGUUAUUGGAGAGUUAUUCACUUCUUUUCAUAAUCUCCCUGCAAUAUGUUGGGUGCAGUUGCCUUUCUAAUCAGCCCUUCCACAGCACAGGUGGUUGUGGCUUUGAUCGUCAUCCUCAUUAAAUCCUAAGGUUAAUCUUUCUUAGAUGGAUCUCCACAUUAAGUCAGAGCUCAUUGUUAAAUUGGCUCAGACUGAAAGCACACCCCCCCCCCCCCCCCUACCCUCCCUCUUUUUGAUUUCAGUCCCCCAUGCAGAUUCAGGCUGUAACCAUAUCGCAUAUUGGAAUCUUGACCUCCUUGCAUCUUCUUGGUGCGUUUCUGACAUGCCGAAAUCUCGCUUCAUUGGUCGUCUGCAUUAACCUACAGUGGGUGUAAAAAAUGUCCACACCACUGUUGCACUGCCUUGUUU